AUGGAUUUUGCACCCUACCAAGCUUCCCCAGAAGAAACCCGCGCUCUCUCUCCACCACCACGUACCUCGACCUCUUCUCCUCGUCAAAGUAUCUCGCCCAUUCGUAGAUCUUUCAGUCCCGGAGUUCGAAGCCCAGCAUUCCUGCAGAGUACUAGUAAUGCUGCUGCGAAAAAUGGAAAUUUUGCCCCAAGUACCACUCCAAAUCCAUGGGCGAGAGAACGAGAGAGAGAUGGGUAUUUUCCGACUAUAAACACUGGAGAUGGGUAUCAUGAUGUGGAGAGCGGAAGGAUUGGAGGGGGAUAUAACGUUGGGGGAAGUGUGAGUGGAGGUGCGGGGUAUGGUGGGGGGAGUAGAGACGGUUUACAUGAGUUUGAAACGAGUCUUCCGUUGAGGUUAGAUUAUGAAGCUUGUUUGGCUUAUUUGCUUUUGCCGCCUGCUGGGGGUGUAUUGCUUUUGGUUCUGGAGAGGAAGAGUGAUUAUGUGAGGUUUCACGCUUGGCAAUCCGCUUUACUGUUUACGGCUAUGUUUGUCGUACAUUUGAUGUUUUCCUGGAGCCUAUUCAUGUCAUGGUUAUUGCUCCUAGGAGACAUCAGUUUGAUAGUGUGGCUAACUAGGAGAGCAUAUCUAGAUGCGGAUACACUAGACCGAUGCGAAGUCCCGAUUUUUGGAAGAAUAGCUAGUAGUAUACUAGACGACGAGUAA